UCCUCCUUUAACCUAAAACUCUUUUGACAAGCUAUAAGCAGCAGCUAUGAGUAGAGGUGGGAGCUAUGGUGGUGGACAAAGUUCAUUGGGGUACUUGUUUGGCUCAGAUGAGCAACAAAGCCCACCUCCGCCACCUAAGCCUAUAACACCGCCUUACGGCAUCGACAGCUUGGACACCGUCACUGAAAAGCCUCCAGGUACCCCUAACUCUGCUAAAAAAGAAAAGGCAGCCGUUUCCAAUAACUAUCACAGAGCUGAAGGCCAAAAUUCUGGGAACUUCUUAACUGAUCGUCCAACAACAAAAGUUAAAUCAGUUCCUGGUGGAGAUUCCUCACUUGGGUACUUGUUUGGAGAUAAGUGAAGCACUUCUUAAUUUCUCCCACCUUCUAUAUAUAUAUAUAUAUAUAUAUUGCAAUGGUUAGAUUAUGUGUGUUUUGGCAAAAAAUAAAAAAAUAAAAAAAAUUUGUGUGUAAUAAGAGGGGUUUAUCAGUCCCCUUAAGAGUGAGAUUUGCAAGGUACGUACUUUUUCUUUUCUUUUCUUUUCUUUUCUUUUUUUUUUUUGGGGGGAAUGGGAAGACGAGGAUUGAUCGAUCAAUACUCGAUAAAUUCAUAGAUACAUAACCAUAUAUAUGUAAGUUUGUGGAUUGGCUUUGAUGCAAAAUUAGGUUAUGGCCUAUAUUUGGGUAUCCUAAGUUUGUCAUUUAUAAAUAAUAUAUU